CAUAUGGCUUUGAGGAUACAGAACAACGUAUAGAAAACUCUUUUUAUAUUAAUGGAACACAAGAAAUGGCUGAAUCAAAUACUACACCAUCAUAUGCUUCUCAGAUCUUUACUGUCCUUCUGUGGACAGCACUCAGCAUCGCCAUGAUUGUAAUCGGGGCCAUGCAUGUUGGAGAUUGUCCAAGAGAGCCAAAUAUCCCAAUUUACUUGAUAGUGGCUGGUGCCUUUCAUUUGCUAGCAUUUUGUCUUAUUCCUUUGAAGAAGCCAGCAGAGAAAGUGGCAUAUGUCUUAGAGAGCAUCAUUGGACUCUUCCUCUUCUGCUGGUUUAUUACAGGUAGUGUUUGGGUUUUCAGAAUCUACCCAGAAAAUCCAAGACUUUGUAAUGAUGUGGUUUAUAAAUUUGCCUUUGGAAUCUUGAUCUUUGAGUAUAUUUUCAUAGGCUUGGCUGUUUUAUUUGGAUGCCUAUGUGCGUGCUGCGCUGGAUGUCUGACAGUUGCAAGUAGAAACAAUUAUAACGAUCCUUCCAAUGAAUAACAUAUUAAUGCAAGUAAACCAAACUACAGUAGAGUCUGGAUCCAAAUCCUGGAAAGUCCUCACUGGCUGCUAUGGGGGUUUGAAGAAGACGCCCAACAUCUAUGGACUGGCAUUAAAUGAAUAAACCUGUGUUCCAGAUCUGUCAUGAUCCUGAAAGGGAAUGAUAUUUUUUAAUAUAUAUUUUUUUAUACCUAAUCAUAAAUAAAGCAGUGCAUAACAGAA